AUAGUGCAAGGGUCAAACGAAGAAGCCACGAAGAAGCCUGGCACUCUCUCCCUUCUCUCUCUCUCUCGCAAGUGACGGAGGCGCCACCAUUCCCUCUCCGGCUCCGCCCGCGACUCCUCGAUCGAGGGUUUCUGGUUGUGGCUUCUUACAAGUAAAGAUAUUGUGUGAUGGAGAUUGUGUUGACUAGUUCAAUUAAUCAUCGUCUCAGGAUUGGAAUGGCUUAGAAACUAGUAAAAUUAGGGUAGAAGGUGAUGAGAAUCGUGCCAUCAUGGGCACUGGGAUUCCUGAUGUGGUGUGUGUUUCCAGCGAACUCAACCACGACCAUCUAUAUGCAGAUCAGGUCACUGCAAAUGGUUUCAUACUGGAAGGAGCUCCGACGACCGCCAUCUCACAAGUUCUGGAGGCUUCAACUUCUCCUGUUGCUAUUUCAGAUUUGACCACUGAUUCGAGUGCUCCAUCUUCACAGGGUACCACGGCUGUUAUCGUAGAUACAGAUUUUAACUAUGAUCAUCUCUCCUUGGAGGAGAAUACCUUGAAUAUCUUGGAACUGGGAGGGUUGAACCAUUUCUAUGAACAGAGUGGCUACCUCACUGUUUCAGAUAUUCAUCCUGGGUUCACCCCUUCUGAUUCUGCCCCAAACUCUGACCUUCCGGCAACGCUGAGUCGGGUGGCCGAGGUAGAUUCUUUUGAGGACUCUGAUAUUCUCCUCAAAGAUAUUGAUAAGAUGCUCAUGGAGGAAAACAUAAAUGAUAAGUUUAUCACCUAUCCGGAACACCCUGCUCUAUUAGCUGCAGAACAACCCUUCUAUGAAAUCCUUGGUGAGGAGUUCUCGCUCUUGACUGAUCAGUCUUCUUUGUUGUCUAGUCAUUUUUCAAACUGCCCUACUGACAGCAUCACUAAACCCCAUGGAAGCUUCAGUGACAGAACUCUCUUUGAGAAUAGCUGGACGUCUGAUUCUAUUGAUUAUUCUCUGCUACAGACCAACCCUAGCCUCGAUGGCUACAGUUCACAGUAUUCACUGUCCAACAAUUGCUUUUGCAACUUUGUCGACAUGGUGGAGGGAACUCUCGUAGGCACACUUGGUAUUCCUGAUUUUCUUAACAUGAGCCAGCCAGCUUGGGAGUUCGAGAGGGGAGUUGAGGAGGCAAAAAAAUUCCUUCCAAGUGAUGAUCAGUUGGUGAUCAACCAGGAGACUAAUGGUUUCUGUUUACCUCUACCGACAAUAGAAAAACAGAAACUGAUUGAGGUCCAAGAGGAAGCUGCAGAGAAAGAAAAGUGCAAUCAUUUAUCAAGGGGUCGGAAAAAACAUGAUGGAGAGGAUUUGGAUUUGGAGGAAGGUAGGAACAGCAAGCAAUCAGCAGUUUUCUCAGAUGAGACUCAUCGUACAGAAAUGCUCGAUGAGAUUUUACUUUGCAACGGGGAAAAGUGCGCCAAACGUGUUGAUGAACUUCGCCUAAAAUUGCAGAAUGAAGUAAGCAAGAUUUCUCAUAGUGGCCACCAGAAAGGAUCAAACGGUGGCAAAGGUCGAGGGAAGAAGAACUCAAAGAGAAAUGUCAUUGAUCUUACAACUCUCCUCGUUCAUUGUGCCCAAGCUGUGGCAACAGAUGAUCGGCGAACUGCAAAUGAAUUGUUGAAGCAAAUCCAACAACACUCUUCGCUGAAUGGAAAUGCAAACCAGAGAUUAGCCCAUUGGUUUGCGGAUGGCCUCGAAGCUCGCCUUGCUGGUACAGGAAGUCUGUUCUACCAUCAGUUGGUGGCAAAGCGUCAUCAAGUUACUGAAAUCCUAAAAGCUUACCAGCUUUAUUUGGCUGCUUGUCCUUUCAAGAAGAUUUCUCAUUUCUUCUCCGCCCAAACAAUUCUGAACGUGUCUGAGAAGGCAGAAAAGUUGCACAUUAUAGAUUUCGGCAUAUACUAUGGCUUCCAGUGGCCGUGCUUCAUGAAGCGUCUUUCUUCCAGGCCUGGUGGACCUCCGAAACUUAAAAUGACUGGUAUUGAUGUCCCUGUGCAUGGAUUCCGCCCGACCGAGGUGAUUGACGAAACAGGGCAGCGCUUGACUGAUUAUGCACGAAGUUUCAAGAUUCCUUUCGAGUUUCAUGCCAUUGCAGCCAAUUGGGAGACCAUUAAAGUGGAGGAUCUCAAAAUUGAAAAAGAUGAGGUGGUGGUGGUGAACUGUUUGUAUCGGUUAAGGAAUUUGAUGGAUGAGACAGUGGUGAUCGACAGUCACAGAGAUAGGGUCUUAAACAUUAUAAGAAAGAUAAAACCAGAUGUGUUCAUCCAUGGUGUCUUGAAUGGCACGUACAAUGCCCCCUUCUUCGUAACGCGCUUUCGGGAGGCUUUGUUCCACUUUUCUUCCUUAUUUGACAUGAUCGAAACGAACGUGCCGCAUGAAGAUGAAGCAAAGCAGCUGAUUGAAAAGGUUCUCUUCGGACGUGAACUUAUCAAUGUGAUCUCUUGCGAGGGCAGAGAGAGGGUGGAGAGACCAGAGACAUACAAGCAGUGGCAAGUAAGAAAUCUGAGGGCAGGUUUAACCCAGCUUCCGCUGAACCCUGAUAUACUGAAGAAAGCGAAAAAUAGGGUGCAGUCUUGCUACCAUAAGGACUUUAUUUUGGAUCAAGAUAGCCACUGGCUACUACAAGGUUGGAAGGGGAGGAUCAUUUUUGCCCUAUCGACUUGGAAGACAAAUAGUUGUUGCUAGUUCUUGUGGUAACCUUUGUCUUUGUGGCAUAUGAUGUAAAUGACCACCUAUUUGUAUUUAUAGCUUGUAUCAUAUGAGAACUCCACUCACAGAGCUUAUGUCAAUGUGAUAUGUUACCUACAUGAUAUUUGGUGCAAGUGUAACUAUGGUCGUUAACUUCUAACUUAACCCUUGAACUAUUUUUUCAUGCA